ACCCCGGGACCCCCGGGCACCCAUCAGACCCCCCCCCGCCCCUCAGGCCCCAUGGAGGGCGCCGUGCCCCCCCCGGGCUGCUCGGCCACGUGGACGGAGGACGGCCGGCGUCGGGAGCGGCGCUGGGUGAAGUACGACGGCAUCGGGCCGGUGGACGAGACGGGGCUGCCGCUGGCCUCGCGUUCUAGCGUGGAUCGGCCCCGGGAUUGGUACCGCAGGAUGUUCCAGCAGAUCCACGGCAAGCUGCCGGGUGAGCAAGGAUGGCAGCGCCUGGGGCCGCGGGGCGCUGCGGGGCACAGCAUGGCACAGCAUGGCACAAUAUGGCACAGUAUGGCACAAUAUGGCACAGCAUGGCACAAUAUGGCACAAUAUGGCACA